AUGUCCCCUAUUGAUAUUGUGACCAAAAAUGUAACGACUGACCCUAACCUGGGAAACUUCAACCUCAAUGGUUUCAACUCUAAGGAUGUCUUCACGUCCAUUAUGAACAAUGGACAUACAGUGGUGUGCACAUUGAAAGGAAAUGAAGUUAAAGUGAGUGGAGGUGGACUUAGUGGAACAUAUACAGGACUUCAGUUUCACUUUCACUGGGGUGAUGGAAAUCAUCCGGGUUCAGAGCACACAGUCGAUGAGCACAGAUAUCCAAUGGAGGCAACAAAACUGGUUUCAAAGUUCUACCAAUACAUGGGUUCCCUGACAACGCCUGCUUGCAACGAAGCAGUCGUGUGGACAAUCUUUCAUGAGCCAAUCCACGCCAACAGUGAACUGAUGAAUGGUGUUAUCAUCCACAUCACUGUGCUUCUGCCUGGCUCCCACUGUAGCAGUACACACCAGUCACCCAUCAACAUUGACAAAAACAAUGCUGUGCCGGACAGCCAUCUUGAUGCCUUUGUAUUUAAACAUUUUGAUGACAACCACGCUAUCAAGUACAUCACCAACACAGGCCAUUCAAUCUAUCCCUACUACCAAGAGCACCUCUCAUGGGAGCACUUCGAGCAGCUCUCAUGGGAGUACUGGAUCAGGAACAACACAUCCUACAUCAGCACCAACAUCUAA